UCUCUUCCAUUAUUCGAUCUAGCUCCGCCUUCACCUUCUUCUCCACUAUCUACACAUCUGUAUCAUCCUAAUAUAUUCACCCCUCUUCUUUUCUUCGUUGAUUUACCUUCAGGCAUUAUAUAUGUCUCUCUUUUCUUCGUUGAGCAAAACAGCUAAACCUAAACCCUAUAUAGCCGAAAAUCCACAACCCUAACUUUCCAUCUUCUCUUCCACUUUCUCCCUUUGCGAAUCUCCAUCGUAUUCUUGGUUUUUUUAUGUGAUUAUUGAUUGCAUCCUACAAGCUUUCUUUCAAUGAUUUUGUCUUCAGUCAAGCUUUCUUUCAGAUUGAGGCUCUUGAUCUUUCCCCACGGUGAUAGACCGAUGAAAGUGGUAGGAUAUUUACAUGAUGUCAACAAUCUUUUGGCAACUCUAGGGAUGGAUUCUUCGGAAAUAAUAAAAUUGGUUCAUCCUAGCUUGGAUGGAGCAUGUAAACCAAAUCAACAGAAAUACAUAAGUGGUGCUACACUCGCUAGACCUAACAACACUGUUGAGUCUCUCAAGGAAGAAAAGCAAAUCCGACUUGAAAAGCAUUACAAAACUUGGGAAGCACUAACAAACUUGUGGAGUCUCAUGGACAAGUCCUACGAAGAAUGCAGGGAUCUUGGUGGAUCACUCGGUAGAGAUGCGGCCACCGGAAGAGGUGUACUCUUUGCAACAGAAGCAUUACUUCGAGAGCACGAGAAAAUUAUUUCUGGACGACGGGAAAAGUAUUUCUGGACGACGUCGAAUGAAAUAAUGGGAAGCCCGUCUACUACGAUCAUGCUGAUCGACAACAAGGAGUACCACCACUUCAUUGCUGCCAGGUUGAAAAGUGUCACCCAACCAAAAUUGCAUGUGGCUUUUCCACCUAAUGAUGCGCGACGACCACCUAAUGAAUGA